AAAGUCUUGGACGGCUUCAGCCACCUCCCACUUUCAUCGCAUCCGCUGAAGAGAGCGCGUUUGCCGGUCUCGCAGUCGGCUUGAACACGUUGUUUUACCCACAAAUCGCGGCGCGGAGAUAUCCCUGCAGACCUCAAGAGGAAGUAGCCGGUACGGGACAGAACAAACCGUAAGAAGUGCGAGGAACCGGGAGCAUGAUCGCCUCGCAUCUCUUGGCGUAUUACUUCACGGAGCUCCACCAUGACCAGGCGCAAAAGGUGGACAAGUACCUGUAUCAUAUGCGUCUGUCGGACGAGACCCUGAUGGACGUGUCCAAGCGCUUCCGGCGGGAGAUGGACCGGGGCCUCUGCCGGGACACUAACCCCACAGCCUCCGUCAAGAUGCUACCCACCUUUGUGCGGUCUACACCUGAUGGGACAGAGAAGGGGGACUUCCUGGCCCUGGACCUGGGGGGCACCAACUUCAGGGUGCUGCUGGUGAAAGUGUCCGAUAAUGGACGGCAGAAGGUGGAGAUGGAAAACCAGAUAUAUGCAAUUCCUGAGCACCUGAUGAGGGGCAGUGGAACUCAGCUGUUUGACCACAUCGCAGAGUGUCUCGCCAACUUCAUGGAGAAGCUGGGGAUCAAGGACCGGAAGCUGCCGCUGGGCUUCACUUUCUCCUUCCCCUGUCGCCAGACGAAGCUCGACGAGAGCCUCCUGGUGAGCUGGACCAAGGGAUUCAAGUGUAGCAGCGUGGAAGGUCACGACGUGGUGGCGCUGCUGAGAAAGGCCAUAAGGAAGAGGGGGGAUUUUGACAUUGAUAUCGUGGCUGUGAUCAACGACACGGUCGGCACCAUGAUGACAUGCGGAUACGACGACCACAACUGUGAAAUUGGUCUCAUCAUCGGCACGGGUACCAACGCCUGUUACAUGGAGGAGAUGCGUCACCUGGAGACGGUGGAGGGAGAUGAGGGCCGUAUGUGUGUCAACAUGGAGUGGGGUGCCUUCGGGGACAAUGGGGAGCUGGAGGAUCUUCGGACGGAGUUUGACAAGGAGAUCGAUUGUGGCUCACUGAACCCCGGGAAGCAGCUCUUUGAGAAGAUGAUCAGUGGCAUGUACAUGGGUGAGCUGGUGCGCCUCAUCCUAGUGAAGAUGGCCAAAGAGGGCUAUGUCUUCCAGGGCCGCGUGACGUCUGCCCUGCUCACCACUGGACACUUCCAGACCUCUUUCGUGUCGGCCAUCGAGAAGGAGAGGAACAACGAGGGCCUGCUUAGUGCUGAAAAGGUGCUCCGGGAACUGGGCCUGGACCCCUCGCCUGAGGACUGUGCCGCCACGCAGCGGGUGUGUCAGGUGGUGUCCACACGGGCCGCGCACCUCUGUGCUGCCACCCUGGCCUCCGUGUUGCGGCAGAUCCGUGACAACAAAGCUGCCGACCGCCUGCGCACCACUGUGGGGGUGGACGGCUCCGUAUACAAGAACCACCCGCAGUUUGCCCGGAGACUGCACAAGAUGGUGCGCCGGCUGGUUCCGGACUGCGAUGUGCGCUUCCUGCGCUCUGAGGACGGCAGCGGGAAGGGCGCUGCCAUGGUGACGGCAGUGGCGUACCGGCUGGCCAUGCAGCAUGCGGAGCGCCAGCGCAUCCUGGACUCACUGCGGCUGAGCCGCGAGCAGCUGCUGGAGGUGAAGAGGAGGAUGAGUGAGCAGAUGGCUAAGGGCCUGUCCCAGGAGACGCAUGGCGCUGCCAGUGUCCGCAUGCUGCCCACCUUCGUCAGGGCCACCCCUGAUGGCACAGAGCGCGGUGACUUCCUGGCAUUGGACCUGGGGGGCACCAACUUCCGUGUGCUGCUGGUGCGUGUACGGAACGGGAAGCGGCGCAGUGUGGAGAUGCACAACAAGAUCUACAGCAUCCCCCAGGACGUCAUGCAGGGCACCGGGGACGAGCUGUUCGACCACAUCGUACACUGCAUCGGCGACUUCCUGGAGUACAUGGGCAUGAAAGGCGCCUCCCUGCCUCUCGGCUUCACCUUCUCCUUCCCCUGCCACCAGAAGAAGCUGGACCAGGGCAUCCUGCUGAAGUGGACGAAGGGCUUCAAGGCCACGGGGUGCGAGGGGGAGGAUGUGGUGCAGCUGCUGAAGGAUGCCAUCCAUCGGCAGGAGGAGUUCGACCUGGACGUGGUGGCUGUGGUCAACGACACCGUCGGCACCAUGAUGACGUGUGGCUACGAGGACCCGCAGUGUGAAGUCGGCCUCAUUGUCGGCACGGGCACCAAUGCCUGCUAUAUGGAGGAGAUGGAGAAUGUGGAACUGGUGGAGGGAGACGAGGGCCGUAUGUGUGUCAACAUGGAGUGGGGUGCCUUUGGCGACACUGGAGAGCUGGAUGAUUUCUGCACGGAUUUUGACCACGCGGUGGACAACAACUCUGCCAACCCGAGCAAGCAGAGGUACGAGAAGAUGAUCAGUGGGAUGUACCUGGGAGAGAUCGUGAGGAACGUCCUGCUGGACUUCACCUCCAAAGGGCUCUUGUUCCGGGGCCGGCUGUCCGAGCGACUGAAGACGCGGGGCAUCUUCGAGACGCGCUUUCUGUCUCAGAUCGAGAGCGACCGGCUGGCUCUCCGCCAGGUGCGCUCCAUCCUGCAGCACCUGGGCCUCACCAGCAGCACGUGUGAUGACAGCAUCCUGGUGAAGGAGGUGUGCACCGUGGUGGCCCGUCGUGCAGCCCAGCUGUGUGGUGCCGGCCUGGCCGCCGUGGUGGAUAAGAUCCGGGAGAACCGCAGCCUGCCUCAGCUCAGCAUCACCGUCGGAGUGGACGGGACGCUCUACAAGCUCCACCCUCAUUUCUCCAGCGUCAUGCGUGAGACAUUGCGGGACCUGGCUCCCCAGUGCGACGUCACCCUUCUCCAAUCAGAGGACGGCAGCGGCAAAGGGGCGGCCCUCAUCACGGCCGUGGCCUGUCGCAUCCGGGAAGCCGGGCAGCACUGAAGCUCCGCGGGGAACACAGGCACUCGCUGACUGAUCUCCAGAGAUUAUCAUCUUUAUUUUUGUUAUUUGGCUAUUGCAUUUGCUGUUCCACAUUGGUCAACCAAGAUGUUCCAACAUCCAUCCAGUGGUUGGCCAUCUUUUUUUGUUUUUGUUUAAUAUGUUCUAAGUCUGUAAGUCUACCAAGGACUGAGCGAGACUGUGUCCGUAUUCUGUACAAACAUGAAGGAGGAUCAUAUUUGGCUGACUAUUUAUUUUGGGGGGGUUAGGGGACUGGGGCUGCAUUUGGGGAACGGGAAUGUGGAGAGUCGCUCCAGUACUGUGAUCUCAAAGUAGAGGGAAAAGCCCUGAAUCUCUGUCCCACACUUUGCAGAAUGUUCUAUUGGAUUUCUAUUAUGUCUUAGCACUUACUGUUGAUUUUAAUGGAACAUGUUCCAUGCCCAGCCUUUCUACUGAGAAAGUGGGCGACACACAGAGAUACAAAGCCAUACAUUUCAUACUGUCAGGAUUUCUUCCCUUUGUGAAACGGGAGUUGAUAUGUAUAGAAACUGUAAUGAAGGAUGGCUGUUGAGUCAGCAGGGGGCAGUAACCCAUAUUUUUUUUUUUUUGUACACUAAUUUUUCUUCCGCGCCAGUCUUCCAGUUGAGGCUUCCCCAGGAAUUUCCAUGUUGGAGUACAGAAGGGAUGUAAUAUGAAUCGGGAAAGUCGUUUUUGUUUGCUGACUUUCGUCCUUGCGGAUAACUUCCAUUUUUCUCUUUAAUGAUUAUCAUUAUCACGCAGCCAUUGUUUAAAACAGUCACUAAUAAGUUUGUUUUGGAACCAGAACGGGGUGGUAAGCUCCCCGAGGCGCCAGGUACCGUCAAGGAGCUCAGUUCCUGCAUCGCGUUGUUGCAUGGUAACUUGCACGGACUGUGAAUGAGAUUAUAAAAGUAAUAUUUAAAACAUACCCACCAGAAAGUAAUGAAGGUGGUGCAGUUAAAGCAACAAUAGACUGCGUAGUGAUUUUAAGCUUUAAAGUCGAUCUUUAUACGCUGGGAUAUAUUUAUGUCGAUUUGCCCACAGGCUUGAUUGGACCCAUGAGGCGUAAUAUCAGCUUUCGUGAAGCACGAGUUGCUGCUCUGUAUUCCUUCACGCUGUAAUUUCACGGUGAGGCCGGUGGGCUUUUCUAAUCGCUUAUUACCCCCCCACUCCCGUUCAUUCAGUUUAGCUACCUAAAGAUGUUUGGUUUCACUUGCUAAAAAAACUAGUUGAAAGUCCCUUUUAACUGAAUGCCUGUUACCUCAGGUUGACUUAAUUAUUUUUUAUGGCAUUGACUGUUUCAGUGCUUUAUUCUGCUACUAGUCAUGAUUGACUAAACCAAAUAUUGGCAUGUAGAUUGCAGAUGCCUGUAGAGAGUAUUGGGACAAAAUGACUUGAGUGUAAUGAAAACUAAUAGAUCUGGUGUUAAAAACAAUACUGGUAUACUUUUUACCUAACUGUAUACUUUAAUGUGCUCUACUAUAAAAAAAUACUUGCAAA